AUGAAAAUUACUACACUAGUUAUAAAAUUAACCAUAAUUAUUAACGUAACACUUAUAACGUUUACAAUCGCUCAACCAACAAAUAUACGUUGUUGUCAUGGUUCAACGAUAGCAAAUAAUAGACUUUAUAUUGGAGGCGGCACUAUAGGUCCCGAAGAUAAUGAAACUGUUUAUACUGAUGAUUUCUUUUCUUUAGACUUAACCGUUCAAUUUAAUACGUCAUCCCCAUUUAAUAUGCCUUAUAAAGUGCAUCCAAAUAUUAUCGUAAAGUCAGAUGCAAACACGCUUGUAUAUGCAAUAGAUAAUGAAGGUGGAAGUAUAUAUUUUUUUGGCGGCUUUAGAAAUCCCCAGAAUUCAGAAGGCAAUGGUAUAUACAGAUACUCCCUAAAGUAUGAUGGUUGGGCUGAAGCAAUACCAGCAAAUGGCAUUAAAAUGCCGACUAGAUCUACAACUAAAAUCGUUGGCGUUACGGAUCGUAACAAUAAUACUAUUUAUAUAUUUGACAAUAGUAUCAUGUACAUUUAUAACGCAACAGAAAAAUUUUUGCAUAUUUCUCCCAAUUUGGCGCCUUAUCAAAUUUAUUAUUAUGCUACUGCUAUGCUAAAAACUGGUGUAAUUGCGUAUAUUGGUGGCGGUAAAGCACCAAAUAAACUGUACAAUAUUCCUAUGAAUGAGAUUCUUACAUAUGAUACGUAUUUAUCAAAAUGGGAUAUAAAGUAUGCCAGUGGUAUUAUUCCAGAACCACGACAGGGACAUUCAGCAUCAAUAGCACCAGAUGGUCGAAUUUUUAUGUAUGGAGGCUAUGAUGGUGAUGAAAAUGCAAAGGAGUCCAAUGGAAGUUAUCCCUCAUUUGCAGUUCUUGAGUUUACUAAUGACAAAUUUGUAUGGUCCACUCCUGAUCUCAUUGGUCUGCCGAGACGAAAUAAAACGCAACAUAGGGUGAAUACAAUCGAUCUGAUAGAUAUAAGUAAUAAAUCUGCUUAUAAAUUUGUCACAAACUUUAUACCACCGGGUGCACCACCACCAUCACCGCCACCAUCACCGCCACCAUCUCCAUCUCCAUCUCCUAGUAUAAACAUCAUAAUAGCAUCAGUACUUGGUUCCGUUGGAGGUUUGAUUGUUAUUGGAUUUACUUUCUUUUUGAUAAGACGUUGUCGAUAUCGAAAUGUUAUUCCUACACCUAGUGGUUAA